CAAACCAACUACUCGCACACCUCGAAAGCCUCUUGAUCGCCUCACUACCCCUCUUUUAAGUCUCUAUCAACAACCACCAAAAUGUCCCUCCAAACCCCCCGCAUCCUCCCCUCCCACCUCAACGCCUUCCACCCCUCCAGCUCAGCCCCACGCUCAACACACACCGUCCGCAUCUUAGGCACAGUGACCGGACUCCGUGGCGACCAAGCCACAAUUACAUGUGGUAAUAAUGGCGAUGUCACUCUCCUCUUGAAGCCGGAUUCGCAUUUGCAAAUGGGCAAGCUCGUGGAGGUUGUAGGGAAGGUUACUGAUUUGGAGGGUGGUCAGGGUCUUGGUAUUCGGGUAUUGGGCACGACGGACUGGGGUAACCCUUCGGACUGCGACUACAAAAUCUACGAACAGGUCGUCGAGGCCACCCACCGCUUCAAGUCUAUCUUCUACGACGCAGAGUAAAAAGUGACUGAGCUGAGGUGGGAUGAAGGAUAUGCCGUGUUCUCAGGAUCCGAAUAUUUGUUAGAAGUCAUGUCUAGAGGAUGGGGUGAUUCGAUGUUACCAUUUACUUGUUUCGUGUCCUCAUUGGACUUUUGCAUAUCACGUACGAUUUCAUGAUCAAUGGAACUUUUGUCCACGACAACA